AUAUUGCACUGGCCGAGAAAUUCGAGGACGGAUAUCGCCACAACGGAAGCAGCUGACUUUCGAUUUCUGUACCGUAUUCAUUCUCGGAGGCCCACUACUUCGACUUUGAAGAUGGCAAGAUGAACGACAGAAAGAAGUAAUGUAGAGAAAGGAGCAAAUGCAAGUUCAUGCACAAGCUUGAGCACUCCCACGUACAUCACAGCCUUCGUCCUCGAAGGGUGCAGCAGCUGAGUGCCACCGAGUCCCUUACGAUUCGCCGAUUACCAAAGGGUUGUGAUUAUCCAGAUGGUGUCACCGAUGCCCGAUGAAGAAGCGUGAUUCCUGAGCGGAAAGAGGCCUCUUCCGAAUUUCAGAAUUCUCGUGACGGCUGAUUCUAGCUGCAGGCUCGAACGAACAGCGAAGUCACCAUGGGCGACGCUAUCAAAGUGGCGUUGAUAGGCUAUGGAAUGGCGGGACAGGUAUUCCAUGCUCCUGUCAUAGCAGCCGUAUCUCAGUUUAAGUUGGCAAAAGUGCUGGAGCGCCGAACCCAGGAAUCGCCCAAGAGAUACCCGUGGGUGGAAGUCGUGCGCGACUUGAAUGAUAUUCUUCUAGACAAGGAGAUCCAGCUCGUGGUGAUCGCCACGCCUAACUCGUCGCACUUCCACUACGCUUAUGAAUCUCUGCGCGCAGGAAAGCACGUGGUGGUCGACAAACCUUUCACCGUAACGUCAGGUGAGGCGAGGGAACUCAUCGAACUCGCUGAAAAAAUGGACGUCAUACUCACCGUGUUCCAAAAUCGCAGAUGGGACGGAGAUUUUCUGACCGUCCAGAAUGUGGUCGAUAACAAAUUGGUGGGCAGAUUGGUGGAGUAUGAGGCUCAUUUCGACCGGUUCCGCAGUGUCCCAAAGCCCAAUUCUUGGCGGGAGGAAGCUCUAGAACCAGCGAGUGGAAUCCUCUACGAUCUCGGAUCGCACAUGAUCGAUCACGCCCAGGUGCUGUUCGGUACUCCGGAAAUGGUUACAGCCGACAUCCGUAAGCAGCGUGAUAGCUCCGACGUCGACGAUAGCUUCGAAAUUGUGCUGCACUAUCCCGAACUCAGGGCCAUUCUGAAGGCCAGCAUGCUGGUGAAGGUGCCAGGUCCUCGGUUCAUUCUGCACGGGACGAAAGGAUCGUUUCUCAAGUCCGGCAUCGAUCCUCAGGAGGAUGCGCUGAAAAAGGGCGGAUCGCCGAGCGAUAGCGGCUGGGGCGAGACGACCGCAGAGCAUCGAGGACACCUCGUGACGAAAUUGGGCGAUUUGGAAAUCGAUGCGCGCGUGGAAACUCUCCCCGGCUGCUACCAGAAUUUCUACUCGCAACUCGCCGACGCCAUUCGUGCGCGGAAGGCCCCGAUGGUGGAUCCCUGGGUUGGUUUCAAUACCAUCCGCAUCCUCGAGCUGGCGAAACAGAGCAGCGAAUCGAAAUGUAGCGUUAAAUUCGAAGUCUAAGUGUAUAGGAAUGCAAAUCCCAUCCGGCUUUGUUCCAUCGAUAGGGAUUGGCGCUGGACUACGGCAGGAGCGAGUAAUAUAGCAUAAAAGAAGAUAUUGAAUAGAUCUCAUAAAUUUUGUAGAAGCCAGAGUACAAAGCACUAUACACAUUGGUUGAUAUUCCCUUUCUGAGAAGAACCUGUCGAAGAAUAUUUUAACCCUCCAAUUCUUUACUAAUGUGCUUUCCACGAUUAAUUUAGGUAACGAGCAAUAAAUGUAACUUCCAGUUGGAAUUUUUCCAUAU